AUGCCGCUGGAACAGAUGACAAUCGAAAGAAUCUCCAUGGGCAUCAGACUUUAUGGCCUUCUUGUUGAAUGUCACAGUAAGACUACUGCACCAAACAUGGCUUCCAUGAUUGGAGAGCUGCUAUUGGUUCGGACAAGUGAAUUAGAUGCUCGUAAGGCGACCUAUCUUAGGGAGAGAGUCGCUGUUAAACCAUAUGACCCACUGCCUUUUGGAUUCUACCUUGAUUUAUGGAGCGGAAUUAGUAUUUGGAUUAAGUGUAGCUAUGAUCGGCUCCAUAAAUACUGUCAAAGAUGUGGCCUGAUUGGCCACUUCUUAGAUAACUGCAGCAUUGAUCGGAAUGAUGAGCUAGAGCAGUUCCUGGAUGCGAGUUUUGGUCACUACAUCGUGGAAAAGAAUUUUCAUUUUGGUCAGGAUGAUCAUAACUGUUUGUUCCCACCAUGUAUGCGCAUGACUGAUGGCGAGCUAAACAAGAAGAAUACUCGAUUGUCAUCGGACUACAUCAGCAAUCACUUUUAUGUUUUCCAGGGAAUGCAGGAGGAGGACAUCAUGGAUGGUUUUACCUACUCUACACUGGCAGAGUCGUCUGAUUUAAGCCCAGUCUUGCCGCCGAUUGAUAGGGAAUUGUUAAGAAAUCGGAGAAGGUACGUUAUGUUUCAAGUGGAACAUAAGUUUUUCCUACUACUGACGAUAUGCAGGUUGACUCCCCGACGCAACCGGCUCAUCAACUGCCAGACCUUUUCGGUGGUUUUGGCCGGCGUAAUGGAAAACUGGAGCACGGGCCAAGUCAUCGCCUCUCCACACCGUGGGGCCCAGCUGGCAGUUUACAGUCCAAUCUCAUCCGUAACUGAAAUGUUAGAGAAAGGGCCCACCUUUCAGAAACAAGAGUGUGGAAAGACACCCAACGGAACGUCAGGUCAGAUUCUGGGCCAAUAUCUUUCCUCGCGGUUGCGGUGGGCUAGUCCAAUUCACCAUCGUCGUAGUCCAGGCCCAACCCAUCAAUUCCUUUCAGCAGAGGAGACAUGGAUAUCGAAAGGCUUCAAGAAAGUCGACUUGGAAAGCGAUCGUUGGUUGAAGCUGAAACACAUGGCAUCUCAAAGAAACAGAAGAGAGGAAGCCACACUUGCAGCUUCUCUUCGUCAAUGUGAUUGUAGUGUUGGGAAUUCCCUGAAGCGUUCAAAGGCAGAUCCCAGUUCAAAUUUUCUCACUGGAAGGUUCGGUCGAGAGGUUGAUCAAUUAAUUGAUUGCUUGGGUCAAGCGGUGGCAGAGCAUGCGCGUCAGUUGGCGAAUCAUCCAAAUGCAUAUCUAGUUUCUAAUUUUGUUACUGUCAACUCUUCUGAUAAUUCUUUUGAUGGUCUUGCGGAGUCGAAAGUUUCUCAUAUUAUAUUAGAUAGGUGGGUAGAAGGUACUUGUUUCGGUAAUUUGGUUGUAGUAGAUGCUAAUCACUCUACGGGUGGUCUGGCUCUCUUUUGGGUAGAAAAGUCUGAGAUCGAGCGCCUCGACUGGGCUUUUGCUUCACAGACAUGGCUCUCGAGGUUUCCUCGUAGUCUGGUCACAAAUUUGCCGAUUCCAGUUUCCAACCACAGACUUUUUGUCUUGGAAACCCUAAAGCUUCCAGCAUGGUCCCGCAAGAAAUCACUAAAAUUUGAAUCUUUCUGGAGUAGGUCUUUGGUGGCUCAGGACAUAAUUGACAAAGUCUGGCAUCAUCAGGACCUUAAUGGACAUGACGUCACUCCGGGGGUUCUCUUGACUAAGUUAGAAGCUACUCUGAAGCAUCUUUCAGAUUGGAGUCGGCAUUCUUUUGGGACUCUAAAUGGGCGAAUUCAGAAAUGCUCCGACAGAUUACAGCAACUGCAACAACAUGACGGCCUUCUUCACCACUCUGAUGAGAUUGCAGCAAUAAGUAAAGAGCUUGAUCACUUGCUUAACUACUAG